GCGGGCGCCGGACCCCCAGGUGGAGCGACAGGUCUCGGGCCCUCAGGCGGAGCGGCGGGCGCCGGACCCCCAGGCGGAGCGACAGGUCUCGGGCCCUCAGGCGGAGCGGCGGGCGCCGGACCCCCAGGUGGAGCGACAGGUCUCGGGCUCUCAGGCGGAGCGGCGGGCGCCGGACCCCCAGGUGGAGCGACAGGUCUCGGGCCCCCAGGCGGAGCGACAGGUCUCGGGCCCUCAGGCGGAGCGGCGGGCGCCGGACCCCCAGGCGGGGCGGCGGGCGCCGGACCCCCAGGCGGAGCGACAGGUCUCGGGCCCCCAGGCGAAGCGGCGGGCACCGAGUCACCAGGCACGACAGUGGGCUCAGAGUCAACUGCCAUGACCGCUGGCACUGGGUCAGACAUUGGAUCGUCUGGCUGGACAGCGGGCAUCGGGUCACCAGGCAUCAGGUCAUUUGGCUCGACAGCGGGCACCGCGUCAUCUGGCAAGGCAGUGGGCUCCGAGUCAACAGGCACGACAGUGGGCACCGGGUCAUCAGGUACCGGAUUGUCUGGCUCGACAGCGGGCAUCGGGUCACCAGGCAUCAGGUCAUUUGGCUCGACAGCGGGCACCACGUCAUCUGGCAAGGCAGUGGGCUCCGAGUCAACAGGCACGACAGUGGGCACCGGGUCAUCAGGCAUUGGAUUGUCUGGCUCGACAGCGGGCAUCGGGUCACCAGGCAUCAGGUCAUUUGGCAAGGCAGUGGGCACCGAGUCACCAGGUACAACAGCGGGCUCUGAGUCAAUUGGCACGACUGCGGGCACCGGAUCAGGUACCGGAUCAUCUGGAUCAACAGCGGGC